GAACACAUUUUAAUGUCUGUAUCGCAUUUCUGUGAGAUGUAGAGCGGAUGUAUUUCUAUAACAUGCGGAAACAUGUCCAAGAAUGCAGCUAGCAGGGUUACUCCGUGGUUGUCGGACACGUUAGGUGGUUGUUUCUGUUUCCACGUGAAGACCGCGUUAGCAAAUUGUACUUAGCCGCCGGUAACUUUAGCACAGCGCUAAUUCUGAAUGGGGCUGUUUCUUUUUCUGUGGGGGAGUACCUACUACCCCAGCACUAAGUUUGUGGUUGUGAUCCCAGCUGGCUCGUCCAGCGAGAUGACAGUGAGGUUGUGGGUGGACACUAGUAAAAUGAAGACCUGACUGCAUACUUAACCUGAGCCCAGCAGGUCUGUGAUGAUGUUUCGCUUCAGGAGUGUGAAUUCAUGCCUCCGCAGGCUGCUCCAUUUUGGGACAACAAAUACAGAUCAGGUCCUGGAGCGGCUGCAAGCUUGCACCGUUGAAGACCAAGUGUUCGAUGUGGUGGGCAAGAACAGAGCCAAGCUCACUGUGCAGCACGUGAGCUGUGCCGUGGGGAAGCUGUGGGAUUUUCAGAAGGAGAAACCUCAACUGCUGAGGACUGUCGACCACACCAAGGGUCACGCGCAGUUCCUGACCCUUCGGGUUUUGGCGGAAAACAAAAUUGCUCUUAUGGAUGAUUUCAUGUUGGCUGACAUGCUCUACAUUUUCCUCAGGAUGAAUGUGGAGCCUCAUGACUCACUUGUUCAGCAGCUGGUUUCAGAAGCAUGGCUAAGAGUUGACAGGUUACCUCUGAAAUCUCUAUCCAAGUUUGCUGUCUGUUUAAGUGAUCAGUAUCUAUACCACAGUCCUCUGAUGGGCCACAUCACCAGCAUCUUGGAUGAGAGGUUGUCGUCUAUCGAUGAAGCCAGGGUCCUAACGUCUCUGAUGUUGUGCGUGUCCGACUUGUUGUCCACCCGACUGCGCGAUGCCGUCAUCGCCAGAGCGGAGCACCUCCUGGACAAAAUAGAACCCUCCUCUUACAGCAUCCCACGAAGGAUGGUGCUGUUCCUCCGCAACAUUAAGUGCGUUCACAGGCCUCUGCUGGAGAAGUGCAACGAGGCCUUCUUGCGCAACAUUCACAGGAUGGAUGCAGAGAAUAUCUGCAUGAUCCUGAACAUGUAUCAGUCCCUGCAGUUCAACAACUGCAACUUCAGGCUGGCUGCUAAACAGAAACUCAUUGAGCUGAUUGACUCGAACACGGAUCGUUUCUCCUUCACCAAACUGUUCGUUGCUCUCAUUCCCAUGGCCAGCCCGGAGAUCAGAGCAAGGUUAGAGAACACUGCCCUCCUGAUGGCAGAUGAGCUCAAUGGACAACAGGCUCUGGCUAUGGCCGAAGCGCUGGAGGAGGUUCAGAGCAGGAACCUCAAAUUGCUGAACAAAAUUGCAUCGGUAAUCGAAAGGAAUCUUCAUAUCUACAAGUCGGUGGAGGUGGCCAAAGUCACUCAAGCCCUUUUCAUGUUGCACUGUCAAAACCCCGCAUUCUUCGCCAAACUGAGAACCGUUUUGAUCGACUUCUUGCAGCGCAGUUUCACCCCCCACGAGGUGACCAUGCUGACCCGCGUGCUGUCCACGCUGCCUUCCCCGAGACUCGACGAAUGUUUCGUGCGGGUGAACGCGGUGGUGGAGCAGUGCAGCCUCACCGAGCUCAGCACCAUUUCCAGCACCAUCUCCAAGUGGAUGCGGCACAGCCCGUCCCACCACCACAGCACCCACACCAAGUGCGUGCACCUGCUGCAGACAAUGAACCGCUGCGGCCACGAGAGGCUGCAAACGGCUGACCGGCUGGACCUGCUGAUGGAGGAGCUCAAGUACCUCUCCGGGGAGUGGUUUGAGGAAAUGCUGCUCGAGGAGACCAUGGUCACGCUGCAGAGGAUGAUCGACCAGAUACACUGGACUGGAGUCCCUGAGCUGGCCUUCUUCCUGACCAGGACCAAUUAUCUGUGCCCUCCUGUGAUGGACAGAAUCGCCAGCGUGACCAUCGAAAACAUUGACAAGAUUCACUACUCGGCAACGUACGCCACCCUGCUAGCCUUUUCUGUCCUGAACUACGAACCCAUACAGGCAGACGAGCUGUACGAUGCCUGUAUUAAGCGGUUCACUCCUCAUAUGAGCUCCUUCGACCCACAUCUGCUAGUCCUCUUGGGGUACGCCUUGGCUAUAGCCGACCGUUUUCCUGAGGGAUUAAUCAGAGAAAUCUUCAGUAUAGGCUUUCUGGGAAAGCUGGAUUCCCAACUAGAAACUCUACCCGAUGCCCUCAACAUGCGGACGCGGCUGCGCCUCAUGGAGCUGAAUCGCGCCGUGUGUCUCGAGUGUCCUGAGUACCAGGUGCCGUGGUUUCACGAGCGCUACUGCCAGCAGCUGCAGAGAAGAGGGAAUGGCAACAUCAGUCCUAUACAACAGCAAAUCCACAAAAUGCUGGGAGAAGUUCUUGGCGGUAUUAACUUUGUCCAAUUAGCAGUUGUGACUCCAUAUCAUUACACCGUAGACUUUGAAUGCAAACUAGACAAAAACCUGCAACCGCUGCCUUACACUGAGCCGAGCACCCUGCAGAUCUCAGACACGGGAACGGUUCUCUGGGAUACGAGCUCGCCGGAACGCAGAAGGGAUGAGCUGCCUCCCGGAGCUCAGCGCGUUGCUGUGGACUUCCUUGAUUCAAAGUCCUUCUGCAAAAUGUCUCAUCAUAUGAAAGGAGAAGCCUUGAUUAGAAAGAGACACCUGGAAAUUCUGGGAUAUCGUAUUGUUCAGAUCCCUCACUUUGAAUGGAACUCCAUGGAGCUGUCGACACACGACGCCUGGAAGGAAUAUUUAAAGAAUAAAAUAUUUAAUUAGGCUUCAUCUGGAAGCCUUUAUUUAUAAAACAGUGAAAGAAAUGUUACAUUCAUCGGGGCCCUGGCCUGCUUUUGACUUUUUUAGUCAAAAUAACUGAAACACAGCUUUUAUUUGCUGUAUGUUGACAUACAGAAAGUGCUCCUUAUUUUUCCAAAUAUACCUCAUUAAAUGGGACUGUAUAUUGUGCUUUUGUAUCAAAUAUUUUAAAAAAUAAAAUGGAAAGCUUUGA